UUGAGCUCUCUUCUAGGGGUGCUCGCGAGUGUGCAAUUUAUUCCGCUAAAACAUCUCUUAGAAUGCAGACGCGUUUGGCCUGGGCUCCGUUGCUCGCUUGGUUCCUGGUCCGCCUAGGACUAGGACUAGGAUACCAGUUUCUGGAGCAGCCGUGCGGCAACAUGUUGGCUAUGAAGAUCAGGAACGGCGAGAAUGCCGCUCAGCAACACUCCGCCUGGAUGGCAGCCGUGUAUAAUUCGCGUAAUGAAUUUAUAUGCGGUGGCACGCUGAUAACCAAACGCUUCGUCCUCACUGCUGCCCAUUGCAUAUAUGGCCAAGACGGACUAACCGUGAGAUUGGGAGCAUACAACAAAAGUGAUCCAGCAAGCCAGAAGAGUGUCGAAACAGCAGUACGACAUCCUUCGUUCACGGGAUAUUCCUGGGAUGGAAAUGAUAUAGGCCUGCUCAAGUUGAACAGCAGCGUGGUCUACGAUUAUAACAUUCAUCCAAUUUGCAUCAGUUUGGACAGAAAUUUGUUGAGCGAAGUCGAAAAUGGGUCCAUGCUCAGAGCUCUAGGCUGGGGACGAACGAAACGCGACGGCCAGGAAAGCGAUAUACUUCAAACCAUCAUGCUUAGAAACUUGAAUCGAGCCCUUUGCUCGCAGAAGUUCUAUGUGACUCCCAGUUCCAAGGAGUUAUGCGUUGGCUCCACAAGCGGAGACACCUGCAGUGGCGAUUCAGGUGGUCCGUUGACCGUCACCGUCGAUAAAGGCAGUCGUGAAGUUCAGCUCGCGAUCUUGAGCUAUGGAGAUUUCUAUUGCAAUGGACUAGGAGUUUAUACCCGUGUGGCGAGCUAUGUGGACUGGAUUGAAGAUACCAUUAAGAAGUUUGACACUCCGAACAUGUCGGCGGGCAUGAACGCGAUACCGCUGCAGCCUCGAGAGAAUUGGUUGUACGGAGACUGUGGUGGAAAUACCGUAGCAUCGCACUUGCAGGCAACCAUUUACGGACCCGGGUUUGUGGCCCGGGGCGUUAUGAUCUCUGACCGAUUUGUCCUAACGAAUGCCAGAGGCUUGCCUGCAAAUUCUGCUUUCUUGGAAGUGGGUGUGCUGGGAGUCCAAGGAACCCAGCAAGCGUACAAAGUGAUCGGAAUGUUCCAAAGCACGAGUGUUGCUUUGCUAAAACUUAGUCUCCGGAUAACAGGCCCAGAUGGACUGAAACCGAUCUGUAUGCUUUCGAAAGCAGGUCUCCAGCACGCGGUCGUUUCCACUCUUCCUUUCGCUGUGCUUGACUAUGUGCACGGCUCAGACGGAAGCUUAAGGGCUUAUGAGUUCAACGCCAGCGCUCUUCAUCCCAAUGAAUGUUACUACGAAAUCGGGAGGCAGAUCGAGUCGAGUGAAAUCUGUGUGAAAACUCCUGCUGAAACAAGCCAGAACUACGGCAGGCAGGGCGACAUAUUGGGCAAAAAGAUUAGGGAUUUCGGCAAGGAACGGAUCGUUUUGUACGGCAUGCUCAGAUACUCAACUGGCGGUGUAAACGUUUUCACCAAAGUUGCCCAGCAAACGGAGUGGAUCGAACAUAUUGUCAAGGCCAAUUCAUCAUAGAAAUGUUAUGGGGCGGAAAUAUUUGAACAACAUUAAAUGAAUAUUAAAAAUA